UCUUUUAGUCUUUUUACUCCACCCGAGAGAGUUAAUAAUUAUGUCUGAUAAUGUAGCUCACGCACUCAGCGGCGCCGCUGGUGGUAUCGUUUCUAUGGCUUUAACAUACCCUUUAAUAACAGUUAGUUCUAGACUUCAGGGUGGGAGGGAUGCUAUUUUAAAGAUUAUAAAUCAAGAAGGUUUUAGUGGAUUAUAUUCUGGAGUUAGUUCUGCCAUAUUCGGUAUUGCCGUUACGAAUGGUGUUUAUUAUUAUUUUUACGAGUGGACCAAGGAAAUAUUUGAAAAAUCUGCACAACAAAAACGUCCUAUCUCAAUCAAAGAAUCUAUGCUUUCAGGCGCUAUAGCCGGUGCUUUAACCGCUGUAGUCACGAACCCUAUUUGGGUGGUUAAUUCACAGUUGGCAGUAAAUAUGGGUAAUUUGGAGGAUAUGACUCGUAUGACAACACGUAAAGAAUCUCUAGAUGAAAGUACUACCAGCCAGUCAAGUGUAAAUCAAGGAAAAACAAAAAGAUUAGGAACUAUCUCAACAGUUAUGAAAAUUAUUGAAGAAGACGGGAUUAUGUCCUUCUGGCAAGGUGUUAUUCCUGCUCUUAUCUUGGUUAUCAACCCAAUUAUUCAAUAUACUUCGUUUGAACAAUUAAAAGUUCAAUUAGAGAAAUUUAGGAAAUUAGGAAAUCUUGACUUUUUCUUAUUAGGUGCU